AUGUGGGAGCCUCACAGCGCCGAGGCGUUCGCGGCGGCCCUCGGCGGGGUCUUCUUCCUGCUUCUCUUGGCCCUGGGCGUCCGCCAGCUGCUGAAGCAGAGACGGCCGUCGGGCUUCCCCCCGGGACCGUCGGGGCUGCCAUUUAUCGGCAACAUCUACUCACUGGCUGCCUCGGCCGAACUCCCCCAUGUCUACAUGAAAAAGCAGAGCCAGGUGUACGGCGAGAUCUUCAGUUUGGAUCUUGGAGGUAUAUCAGCUGUGGUUCUAAAUGGCUAUGAUGUAGUAAAGGAAUGCCUUGUUCAUCAAAGUGAAAUUUUUGCAGACAGACCAUGUCUUCCUUUAUUCAUGAAGAUGACAAAAAUGGGAGGCUUACUCAAUUCCAGAUAUGGCCGAGGAUGGAUUGAUCACAGAAAAUUAGCUGUAAAUAGCUUUCGCUGUUUUGGAUAUGGCCAGAAAUCUUUUGAAUCUAAAAUCUUAGAAGAAACCAAAUUUUUCAUUGAUGCUGUUGAAACAUACAAUGGUAGCCCUUUUGACUUAAAACAAUUAGUAACAAAUGCUGUUUCAAACAUAACCAAUCUAGUCAUUUUUGGAGAACGAUUCACUUAUGAAGACACUGAUUUUCAGCACAUGAUUGAGUUAUUUAGUGAAAACGUGGAACUAGCUGCCAGUGCCUCAGUCUUCCUCUAUAAUGCCUUUCCAUGGAUUGGCAUCUUACCUUUUGGAAAACAUCAACAACUGUUUAGAAAUGCAGCUGUGGUCUAUGACUUUCUCUCUAGGCUUAUUGAAAAAACUUCCAUCAACAGAAAACCACAGUCACCUCAGCAUUUUGUUGAUGCUUAUUUAGAUGAGAUGGAAAGAAGUAAAAAUGACCCAUCAUCUACUUUCUCCAAAGAAAACCUAAUUUUUUCUGUGGGUGAACUCAUCAUUGCUGGAACUGAAACUACAACUAAUGUGCUACGGUGGGCAGUUCUUUUCAUGGCCCUUUAUCCUAACAUUCAAGGACAAGUUCAGAAAGAGAUUGACUUAAUUAUAGGACCCAGUGGGAAGCUUUCUUGGGAUGACAAGUGCAAAAUGCCUUAUACCGAGGCAGUUUUGCAUGAAGUUUUAAGAUUCUGUAACAUAGUGCCAUUAGGGAUUUUCCAUGCAACCUCUGAUGAUGCAGUUGUACGUGGUUAUUCCAUUCCCAAAGGCACAACAGUAAUCACAAAUCUUUAUUCUGUACACUUUGACGAAAAGUAUUGGAGAGACCCAGAAAUAUUCUAUCCAGAGCGAUUUCUGGACAGCAGUGGAUAUUUUGCCAAGAAGGAAGCUUUGGUUCCCUUUUCCCUAGGGAGAAGACAUUGUCUUGGAGAACAGCUGGCUCGGAUGGAAAUGUUCCUGUUUUUCACAACAUUGCUUCAGAGGUUUCAUUUGCAUUUUCCACAUGAACUGGUUCCAAACCUGAAGCCCAGGUUAGGCAUGACGUUGCAACCCCAGCCCUACCUCAUCUGUGCAGAAAGACGCUGA